AUGGAAGAAAACGUGGUUGAAAACAAUGUCAAUGAUCGCGAUACCGUUGAGAGGUCAUCAUUCUUGGUUAUUCUCGGUUGGAUAACGUUAUUCAUACUUUAUUGGGGGCAAGUUGGUCUUCUUGUUUCGAUUUUGGCAAUACCUCACGACUUUUUAUUCUUUGUGCCGGCUUUCGUUUUCACAUGCAUUUUCUUGCGUCAACACUGGGCAGCAAAGCACGCGGACGAGGAUCGAAGCAUCUGGUACGUAUGGGCUAUUUGGGGAACAUACAUCGUGGCUUAUGUUGUUGUAGUUGCUGUGAUUUUUGGUACGGUUGCGAAAGAUCUAACCGAAGAAGAUGCCCUUGGUAUUAAUGUUUUAAAAAUGACACUCUCCAGGCCUAUUAAUCCUUUUCCUUCAACUCACAAUCUGUCCAUCCUACCGAAAGCCUGUGUUGUACCUGUCCAUAGUCGCCGCGUUGAAUAUCUUCGAUGGAAUCCAAAUGUUGGAAAUUUAUCUGAUGCAAAAUGAAAGACAUUUUGAUUUCGACAGCGCGACCGAAGACUUGAAAGAUUUCCUGACACAAAACGGAGGCGAUCAGACGGAAAGACUAAAAGAUUUUCUGAUGCGGAGCGAACGCCCUUUUGAUUUGAACAGUGAGACAGAAGUGUGCAUCAUUGUCUUCGCCUGCAUAUGUUUCCUGCUCUCAUCCUUUGGUUUGGUUCGAAAUAAGUUUGGGGCAAACGGUGAGGUAAAAGAAAGAGAAACAACGUCGGCUGUUUUCGGUCUGCUAGAAAUAUUCGGCACUAAUUUUCCAUUCUUGGUCUUGCGAAUUGUCAUUUGGAAAAACCACUAG